AUGCGCCAAAGAUGUCAUUCACAUCUGACAAUCAUCGGAACAAAAAUGGAAAUUGCAAAAUAAUAACAUGAACCACUUUCAACAGAAUUUCAGAUUAAAUUAUUUCGUGUAAAUCGUUAUGUUUUUUAUUAAACGAAGCUAUGACAUCAGGGCAAUAAGGGCAUUGCUGAGGUGUUUCAGCACACCUCGAAAAAAUCACUAUGAAGUCCUAAAUCUACGGAGAAACUGUUCUGAUAAGGAAAUUAAGGAAGCCUUCAUACAGAUGAGCAAAGAGUACCAUCCAGACAAGAACAAGGAUGUUCGUGCACAGGACAAGUUUGUGCGCAUAGUAGAGGCUUACAAUGUUCUCAGUAAGCCCAGCAGUCGCGCUCGGUAUGACAGCUUGACCGAGAUAGAAACUAGUGGUCCUGCUGGUGCCUCAUAUGCAUAUAGGACACAUGUGCCAUAUAACGUACGUAACAACCCACAAUACAGUUACUACUAUGAAUCCCAUGCCAGAACAGCGAACACUAACGAAAAUACCAGUUCAUUCUAUGGGAUAUCCAGAAUGAAGAAAUUACCAAACUAUGUCAUCAUUGCUAUGUGUACUGGUGUGGCUUUGAUUGGAGUCCUGCUACAGGUGUUUGUUAUUAGAAAUUUAUAUGUCACUCAAAACAAACAAGCUCAAGAGAAAUCGAAACGUCUAGCGGAAGAGCUGGAAAGAGUGCGAGCUGCCGCUCAUACCAAUGGAAACGAGGUAAUUUUAUUUCUUCCAGCUGCAGACCCGUCUUUUGCUCGACAAGAUUGUGACGGCGGCGAAUCCCACUGUGGCUACCGCAUCAUUAGGACAGGCCCUCGCUAACGAGAAAAAGUGAUUCUUUUUUCUUUUAUUUUCAAAUGUAGAAUAUUAGACUUGGCAAAAUAAUUGUACAUUUUAGUUUUGACUGGAAGUGUCUAUAAAACCUCUUUGGGUUUAGACCUCCAUCGAUGUUUUUAAUGUAAAUUAGUCGAUUUGUAAAUACUCACUUUUACAUGAUAUUUGAUAUCGAUUUGUAAAUUUUAGUUUAUGUUAAAUAAAAUGUCUCGAAAUGUGAUUUGAAUUUUAUCUCUCAGAUUGAUUAGUUAUUUAAUGAAUAAUGACUCAUUUUAGUAAAGUACAACCUCUAACAUACAAUCAUGGAACAAAACAUUUUUGUCCUUAAUAUGGAAUAAAAUUAUUUUUAUACUUACAAUAAAUUAUCUAUAUAUUAAAUGAAUGUUUUAAAUACCAUAAUUUACCGUAAGUGAGUGUUUACACAUAGCAAAAAUAUUGUUGUUUUAAACUUUGACUUGCAGCGUACUUUGUAAAUAUCAAGUAAAAGUUGUUAUAUGUUUUGUAAAUCUUUUGACUUGCGAGUGCCGCUGCUAACUGUUGUUGAACUACCUCUGUAGUGUAAAUAGUAAUUGUAGAAUUUUGAUAGAGUUAUGUACAUUGUAAUAUAUUUUUACACUUAACAACUUAA